AUGCGGUGGUUAACUCUGGCGGUGGCCGUUGCCGCCACCGUGACUCAGGUCACGGCAAAAGCUGUGUUUGCCCAUUUUAUGAUUGGCAACACAGAGAACUACACCACAAGCGACUGGCUGGAUGACAUGCGUCAAGCCAAGAAGGCGCACAUUGACGCCUUUGCCUUGAACAUGGCCCACGGCGAAGAGACCAACGAGAAGUCGCUCGCAGCCGCGUUCUCCGCCGCCGCGAGCGAGGGCAUGCAGCUCUUCUUCUCGUUCGACUACGCCGGCAACGGGCCCUGGCCCAAGCAAACGGUGAUCGAAUACAUUGCAAAGUAUGGUUCGAGCAGCGCCUAUUUCCACCACAACGGGAGGCCUUUUGUCUCGACUUUUGAAGGACCCGACCAGGCCGACGACUGGAUCGACAUCAAGAGCCAAACGUCCUGCUUCUUCAUGCCCGACUGGUCUUCCCUGGGGGCCAAGAAGGCCAUGGCUGCCGGCGGCGGCGUCGCGGACGGGCUCUUCUCGUGGGCAGCGUGGGCGUGGGGAGACUGGGACAUGUACACGUACACGGACGCUUCGUACGCCCAGUACAUGAACGGGAAGCCGUACAUGAUGCCGGUCUCGCCCUGGUUCUACACCAACCUGCCGGGUUACAACAAGAACUGGCUCUGGCGCGGCGACCGGGCGUGGGGCGACCGCUGGAUCCAGGCGCAGUGGUGGCAGCCCGAGUUCAUCCAGAUCAUCUCGUGGAACGACUACGGCGAGUCGCACUACAUCGGCCCGGUCCGGAAACACGCCAUGGGCGCUUUCGACAUUGGCAGGGCGCCGUACAACUAUGCCACUCUGCCCCAUGACGGCUGGCGCGAUAUCCUGCCGUUCGUCAUCGACAUGUACAAGAACAACGUCGCCACCAUUGACCAUGAGCGGCUCGUGACCUGGUACACGUUGGUCGAUCCGACCAGGUGUAACCACAACGGAACCGUUGCCAAUACUGCUUCUCAGCUGCAGCAGGAAUUCGAACCCGAGGAGGUGAUGGACAACAAGAUCCACUUCGCUGCCCUGCUGAAGGGCAAGCCGGACAAGGUGCUCUGCGACGUUGGCGGCUCCAUCACCACCGGCAAGUUCUACCAGGGUCCCGACAACGACGGGACCGGCAUGUAUCUGGGUGAGUGCGACAAGGAGGGAGGGACCGGGAUAGUCCGGGUCAUCGUCACAAGAGGCCAGACGACCAUUACAGUCUUCGGCGACGCCAUCUCCAGCGACUGCUCGCGCUGGAACGGUUUCACAAACUACAACGCGCACGUGGCGAGCGGGUUUUCCACGGCCGUCGUCAACGCCCAAGCGGCCGAUAUCAGCCAGGCCGUCUGCGUCAACGGAACCGGCAUGCACGUCGUCAAGGACCUCUGCGAGUUCACCUGCUCGCUGGGAUACUGCCCCCAGACCGCCUGUGUCUGCACCCGGCUGGGCAAGCAGCCUACUCUGCCCAAGGCCAGCGGCGUCCAGGGGCACCCCAUAGGAAACCUAGACGCGAGCGUCUCGGGCUUGUGUUCCUUUGCCUGCAGCUAUGGCAAAUGCUCCGACUUUGGCAAGUACUGCUCCACCACCAAGAUGCCACUGAACGUUCGGCCGCAGUCCCUUUUCGAGCCGCUAUACUGCGACGCCGGCCUGGCGCGCGAUGGACAGGAGUACUUUAACGAGCUCUGUGGGUUCACCUGCAAGCACGGGUACUGCCCGAUCCGGCGCUGCAUCUGUUCCGUCGGAUGGGGAUUCGCCAACAUCCUCGACCCCUUCGAAACGUCCACGGCCAAGCCUCUAUCUGGCGUGGAGGACUAUGGCCUCUGCAGCUUCGCCUGCCAGCGCGGUUUCUGUCCUAACGACGUCUGCUUCGAGAACGGUGAGUUCGACGACUGGUGGCUCUGGGGCGAGCACUAUAACCCGAUUGAGGACAUAUACAUCGACGACGAGGACAUUGACCGUCUAGACUGCGACCCUGCCCAGGCGCCGCGGACGUUGGACGAUCUUGCCAAGUCGGCUGAGACUCUGUCAACCCCUUCCCAAUGCUGGGAUCGGUGGGCGAUGGAGAUCCUGAUUAAGACGCUCUUGGGCAUCGGAAGCGAGUACCAGGAGAGCCUCAAGGGAUACGACAAGCUGUUUUCCACCUAUGAAAAAUAUAUCAGGGAGAGCGUCGGCCCGCAGCUGGAGCAUUUCGCCCAUCCAGGAAAUAUGAAGUCCCCCGGGCUCAAGUACUUUGACUGUGUGGUGUCGAUCAACGGAAAGAAGUACAGGGACAAACAGGACUGUCAGUACAUUGUCCUGGAGAGGCUGCCGGUUGAUAACUGGCACAUCGACUAUACCUUGCGUGAUGCAGAGGGUUUCUUUGCCGAGGUCGACGAGAAGCUGGGGAUAGCGAAGGAAUGGAUCACUUUCGGCGAGUGGGCACUGGAGAAACAGUGCGACGACUCCAUGUAUGGUGACGAUGGAGCUCAUAUAUGGAACCCCGGUAGACCAGGAAUGAGCUGCAAACCGAAGAUCACGAGCAUGAGCAACUUUCCUAUAGCUAUCGCUGAGGACAAGCAAGCGGUCGACGCCAUGAACAGCAUCAAGAAGACGGGAGCCGACAUCAUCAAGCAAAACAAGAAGAAGCUCAUCACCUUCAUCCUGAGCAUCGUGCUGAUGGUGCUUCCCAUCAUUGGCGAGAUUGGCGGAGCCCUGAUUGGCGGCAUGGCCAUGGUCGCACGCAUCAUCACCCUGAUCGACAUUGCGGGCAACGUCGGGAUGACUGCCUAUGACAUUGUCGAGGACCCGCAGUCGGCGCCCUUUGCCAUCAUGGGCAUGCUGAUGGGCUUCGCAGGAGGUACGAGGUCCGAGAAGGACUUGGCGGCUGCUGGCAAAGCACGCAAGGCCAUGCCUGACUCUGCCGUUACAAAGCUCGGCAAGGUCUUUACCGAGAAUGACAGGAAGGUCCAGAAUAUCAUCAAUGCCUGUAGGUGGAAAUGA